AUGGCGCUCCCAGCGGCAGCCAACAUGAGCUUUACAGCCCACGUCGCGUCGCAAUUCACGACGUACGAGACGGACCGCAAGAUGCAGUCGCAAGACGCCGUGUACACGACGUCUAACGGCGUGCCGAUGCCGCACCCGUACGAGUCGCAGCGCGUGGGCGAGUCGGGGCCGCUGCUGCAGCAGGACUUCCACCUGAUUGACCUGCUGUCGCACUUUGACCGCGAGCGCAUCCCCGAGCGCGUGCUGUCGCAGGCCGACCUCUUCGGCACCAAGGGGAAGAAGUGCCCCGUCACGGUGCGCUUCUCGACGGUCGGUGGUGAGGCGGGCUCGCACGACCUGGCGCGCGACCCGCGCGGCUUCGCCGUUAAGUUCCGCACCGAGGAUGGAAACUGGGACCUGGUAGCCAACAACACGCCCGUCUUCUUCCUGCGAGACCCGGCCAAGUUCCUGCACUUCAUCCACACGCAGAAGCGGGAUCCGUCGACGCACCUGUCGAGCAGCGACGACUCGACCAUGUUCUGGGACUACCUGUGCAACAACCCCGAGUCGGUGCACCAGGUCAUGGUGCUGCUGGGCGACCGCGGCAUCCCCGACGGGUACCGACACAUGCACGGGUACUCGGGACACACGUUCAAGUUCGUCAACGCGGCGGGUGAGUGGGUGUACGUGCAGAUCCACAUGAAGAGCAUGCAGGGGGCGCGCUUCAUCACGCAGGAGGACAGCGUCAAGCUGUCGCCCGACUACAGCCAGAAAGACCUGUACGAGGCCAUCGCGCGCGGCGACUUCCCGCGGUGGAGCGUCGAGAUCCAGACCAUGACGGAGCAGCAGGGCGAGGAGGUGUGGGUGCGGCAGGGCAUCAACGUGCUGGACCUGACGCACGUGUGGCCGCAGGGGCAGUUCCCGCGGCGCAAGGUGGGCGAGUUCACGCUCAACGAGAACGCCGUCAACUACUUUGCCGAGAUCGAGCAGGCCGCCUUCAACCCGGCGCACAUGCCGCUGGGCAUCGAGCCGAGCGCCGACCCGGUGCUGCAGAGCAGGCUGUUCUCGUACCCGGACACGCACCGGCACCGCAUCGGCGUCAAUUACCAGCAGCUGCCCGUCAACGCGCCGCGCACCGCCUACUGGCCGGCCAGCUUCCAGCGCGACGGCGGCAUGGCCUUCUUCAACCAGGGCAGCCGGUCCAACUACUUGUCGUCGAUCGACCCCGUGCAGUUCCGCAGCCGGAGCUUUGACCCGCGCAAGGUGCACGGGUCGUCCUUCUCGAGCGACGCCAUCCUGUUCCUGUCGGAGAUCCGGCCCGAGGACUUCAACGCGCCGCGGGCGCUGUGGCAGAAAGUGUGGGACGAACCGGCGCGGCAGCGCUUCAUCAGCAACGUGGCGGGCAAGAUGGCCGUGUGCCGCAAGCCGGAGCUGCUCAAGCGGCAGAUCGCCAUCUUCCGCGAGGUCGACCCGGACAUUGCCUCGCGGCUCGAGAAGGCCACGGGCAUUCACGGGUACGACGGCAUCGCGGGGAUGCGCUUCAACGGCACCCACAACGGCAUGGCCAAGAACCCGUCGCUGCGCCUUGCCAACGGCCUCGACGUCUCAAAGGGGAGCAGCCUGCCCAUGCACAACGGUGCGCCGGUGAAGUCGGCCGCCAAGGGACGCGGCCACGCCAACGGCGUGUGCUGAAAAGCGUGUGCUGAAAACUCGAGCAUUUUAUUGAUUUUGCCAGAUCCGAGCGCUGUCAUGGCUUUCUGGUGUGGUCAGUCAAGGAUGUGAAGAAAAGGGCCUGCGACCUAGCUGCAUUGGGCAUCUCAGGGGUAGCGGUGCCGGGUGAGGUGAGUGCUCAGUGCAGUGCUGAGUGCACUGGUGAUUCGGAUUUCAGGGUCCAGCAGGGAGGAGAUAGUGGAAGUAAAUGAAAGAAAAACACGUGUGUGAUGGCUUCAUGCCGCUGCAUAGCGUCGGCUU